GCCGGAAUAUGCUCCCUUCUCUUAACGUCGAUCACCUGUUUUCUCUUCCUUCUCUCUCUAUUUUCUCAACUAGGAAUCAACCUUGAAUCUCCCAUCUUCUUUUCUCCAACCAUUCUCACUUCUCUCUUCUAAUUCUUUCAUGGAAUUUUCAGAGAUAUGGGAUAUUUGGACUUGGCCUUGUCGUAUUCCAACCAGCCGCAUACUGUUGAAGCUCCAGCGAGCGGAGGAGGUCUCAGCCAGAAUGGAAAAUUUAGCUAUGGAUAUGCAAGCUCCGCUGGGAAAAGAUCAUCUAUGGAAGACUUUUUUGAGACUAGGAUCGACGGUAUUGAUGGAGAAAUCGUUGGUCUCUUUGGAGUUUUUGAUGGCCAUGGUGGAGCCAGAGCAGCUGAGUACGUGAAACGUCAUCUUUUCAGUAACCUGAUCACCCACCCAAAGUUUAUUUCUGACACCAAAUCAGCUAUAACUGAUGCCUAUAACCAUACAGACUCAGAACUUCUUAAGUCAGAAAAUAGUCACAAUAGAGACGCUGGUUCGACUGCGUCUACAGCUAUUCUUGUUGGUGACCGUUUAGUUGUUGCAAAUGUUGGUGAUUCAAGAGCUGUUAUCAGCAGAGGUGGAAAAGCCAUUGCUGUGUCAAGGGACCAUAAACCUGACCAAAGUGAUGAACGUGAAAGGAUUGAGAAUGCUGGUGGAUUUGUGAUGUGGGCAGGAACUUGGAGGGUUGGAGGAGUUCUUGCAGUUUCUCGUGCGUUUGGUGAUCGGCUUCUGAAGCAAUAUGUUGUUGCUGAUCCAGAAAUCCAGGAAGAAAAGAUUGAUGAUUCUCUUGAGUUUUUGAUCCUAGCAAGUGAUGGACUGUGGGAUGUUUUCUCUAAUGAGGCAGCAGUUGCAAUGGUUAAGGAAGUUGAAGAUCCAGAGGACUCAGCGAAGAAACUUGUGGGUGAAGCAAUAAAGAGAGGAAGUGCAGACAACAUCACAUGUGUUGUCGUUCGUUUCUUGGAGAAGAAGACAGCUUCAUCAAGCCACGUUAGCUCCUCCUCCUCCAAGGAAGCCAGUGAAAUGCCGCCACUUGGAGACCUUGCUAUCUCAUCCAAUGAAGCUACCCAAGUCCAAAUCGACUCAGAGAAUAUCAGCUCAGGGAACAAACCAGAGAAUGUAACGAAUCGAAAACCUGUCCCUGCAAGCAGCUUUAGCGAUGAAGUGACCGUUAAUGGUUUAGGGAAUAAACCAGUGAAUUCAGGGAAUCGAAAACCGGAGACUGCAAGUAGCUCAACUGAUGCAGUGACCCUUAAGAGGAAUUCAGUGACCGACAAGCUCUCAUCUUUACUUCGAAUUGCUUUUUUUUUCUCCUGCUCCGAUUCGAAAAUGAGGACAAUCGUCUCGCGUUUGAUUCGUUACCAAUCAUCUCUUUCCCAGAUACGGUUUGUUUCUGCCUCUGGUGGUGGCGGGAGGUAUCUCUCUACAGACUCUAACAAAAUUGAUGAGCCCUUCAAUGUGGAAGAAGCUGAGACUGUACAUGUGCCUCCACCUCCUACUGAGAAGCUGCUUGUCCUGGGAGGUAAUGGUUUUGUGGGAUCACAUGUCUGUAAAGAAGCUUUAGAUCGCGGCUUAUCUGUCUCUAGCCUUAGCAGGUCAGGUAAGUCGUCUUUACAAGAGUCCUGGGCUUCUAGAGUAACAUGGCAUCAAGGAAACCUUCUAUCAUCUGAUUUAUUAAAAGAUGCUCUUGAUGGAGUGACUUCUGUGAUUUCUUGUGUUGGUGGUUUUGGUUCAAACUCAUAUAUGUAUAAGAUUAACGGGACAGCAAACAUCAAUGCAAUUAGGGCUGCCUCAGAAAAAGGUGUUAAAAGAUUUGUCUAUAUUUCUGCUGCGGAUUUCGGAUUAGCCAACUACUUGUUGAGAGGAUACUAUGAGGGAAAGCGAGCUGCUGAGACCGAGCUGCUCACAAGAUUUGCAUAUGGAGGUAUAAUCUUGCGACCUGGUUUUAUAUAUGGAACUCGCAGUGUUGGGAGCAUGAAGAUCCCAUUGGGAGUAUUUGGUUCACCCAUGGAGAUGGUUCUUCAACAAGCAAAACCUCUGAACCAGCUUCCGUUAGUCGGACCUUUAUUCACACCUCCGGUGAAUGUUGAAUCGGUUGCAAAAGUCGCAGUUAGAGCAGCCACUGAUCCAGUGUUCCCUCCCGGGAUUGUGGAUGUCCAUGGAAUACAACGUUACAGCCAACAGAAAUCGAGAUAAGUCCGUUUUGAAAAGCUUGAGUAUGCUCAAUGUCGUUUUGUAGAGUUUGGCUGCUUUUAGUAUUCUACUGGAUUCUAAUGGUGGGAACAAAAAUGUUUUCUUGUU